GUUGGGAAAGUUUCCGGAAUUCUCGCAACCCUAGCAGAGAGUACGGGGGCCAUACCAAACCAAUCGUCUUCGGAUCAAGAAUUGAAACCGCCUGAUUUAUUCCUUUCCUGAAUUCUCUGAGUUCGCCAGAAGUGAGAUGGAAUUGAUCCCAAUAACCCUUGACCCCAACCCUUAAGUAUGCCGCAGAAAUAGAAUGAAUAGAUUCUAUUAAUUCUUUCAACGAGCGAUGCGGCAGGGGGUGGGGGGGGUGGGGGAUUGGGAUCAACACCCUCUUCACUAUUUGGGCUUGUUUCUGCAAUGUAUUAUCCAUAGGAUAAGGGAUUCCUCCAACAAGCCCAAGAAAGAGUUCAUACCUAAGCCGCGUCAGUCCUUGGACCUCUCUAGUGAAAACCACAAUGGAGCCAUCCAAGGAUCCAGGUCCCCAGCAACAAGGUCUCCAGCAAGGUCUCCAGCAAGGUCUCCAG